GCCAGCCCUAUUCAACGCUCCUUCGCCGCACAAUGUCUCUGCAGAACCACGAGGACAACAUACAGUACGCUCAUGACUAUAGCCCCAAGCGCAACUCCCGAAAUUCUAUCGACUUAAGCCUCGAACUCGAGCGUCAGCUGGACAUGGAGUCUCUCCCAACAUCGCCCUCCGAUCCGCGCUUUGCGGUCAACCCGAACAGCUUGGACCCAUCAGUGUUGGCAUCACUUGUAACGACCCUCCGUCUUACCCUCGACCGGACAGAAGCCGAGCGCGACGAGCUGAAGGCGAAACUGAGCGAGUCGCAGAACCGUGAGCUCGGUCUGAAAGACGCGUUUGACAGCGUCUCGGCCAAGUGCAUCAGUCUCGAGGACGAGCUCAAUACUGCUGUUGCGAAAAACCAAGACGACCAGGAUGCGGUCGUCAUGCUUCGCGGCAAGCUAGAGGAUAGCAGACGAGCUCUCAUGCGACUACAAACGGAGAGCAGACGGAUGACACUCGACCUGUCGCGUGCUGGUCCCUCCAGCUUGAUCACUGGCCCCCCUUCCUCUCGUCGGACCUCCUUUGUCCCCUUGACCGGCUCUGGUUCGUCAGCCGACAAGGCAGCAGCACACCGGCGCAUCGUCUCUGUGUCCGAGCCUGGCUCCUACCGGAGAGACAUCCCUAGUCCCCCGAGCAGCGCACGACUCGAACCUCUACAGCUCGUUGACGGGCCGAACUCCACUACGCCUCGCAGCUCCAGGAGAAUCUCAGGCUUCUUUGGCGGGACAAGUCCCAUACAUGAUCUUCCUCCGACUCAGGACGCUUCCGAAAUAGUGGAGUUGCGAAAGGGGCUGCAGGUGGUGAAGGAGCAGCUGGAGGAAACGAGGGCAGAGCUUGCGGAAGCACGGGAAGCACAGGAGGCUUCAGAAACCUGCGUCAGAGCUCUGCGCACGUUCAUCGAGGAAAACAGCAUAGGGAUGCAGCCCCCGGAUGCUCGACCUUCUGCUCAAACCGCGCAAUCCGCCCCUUCAGUGUCUACUGCGGCAAAUGUUGCGGCGAACCCGGCAGGCGCAUCGCGUUGGGGCUUCAAACUGUGGAAUGCCUCAGCUGCGGCUACCACCGGCCCUCCGUCGUCAUCGCCUGCUGCAUCGUCCUCGGAAGCUCCGUCCGCAGUUGGCAGCGCCCCAAUCGGUCGCAGGGUGACCGGAUUCUUCACCUCUCGCUCCAGCAUCUCUUCGACAUCUUCCGUGCCCCAGCCUCAUUCUCAACAGCAAGAGCCUAUCUGCAACGGCUCUGACUCCUCUUCGGUCGACUCUAGCACAGAGCCCAUCAGCCCAAGCUCGGAGGUGCCCCCCUCUAGCAUCAUGGUACAUAACGACUCACGAAGCCCUUCAUACCCGCCCACUGAUUUCCCAGAGCACCACGAUAAGGUGCUCAGCUCUGUCGAUCUGGACUACAGACUCGAGAGUUCCAGCCUGGAAUGAGUAUCUCACGAUGCAGAAUGCCCUAGAUAGCCAUAGCCUAUGAUUUGUCGUUAAUGACCUAGUUCGUUUCUUC